AAUACAGGUAUUCGAUUAUAUAAAUCAUUGUUUCACUAUUUGGAACAAAUAAAACAGGUACUACUUUUUACCUGACUCAUGCAAAAUCCAAGAUGGACGACUGCCUGCGAAAGGAAGUAAAUUUGGAGAUUUAUUAAGUUGUAUGGCGUUUGUGAGAUGAUGGUGUAAUAGAUGGAUGAACAGGCACUGAAUGAGUUACUGGAGUGUUCAGUAUGUCUAGACCAACUAGAUGACACCAGUAAAGUGCUUCCUUGUCAACAUACAUUUUGUAAACGGUGCUUGGAGGAAAUAGUCAGUACAAAACAUGAGCUCCGCUGUCCAGAGUGCCGCUUUCUGGUUGAGAUGCGGGUGGAAGACCUGCCAUCCAAUAUUCUGCUAAUCCGUCUUCUGGAGGGCUUGAAAUCUCAGACUCGUAUAGGUGGUACACAGGGCCCUGGGCGUAGAAGAGAGCUAGGUUCACCAGGGGCUAGUAAGGCAGACAACCCAAAUCAGGCAGUAGCAGCUUUUGCUAGACAACAACAACAGAGACAGGCUAGCACCAGCAACAGACCUUGUGCUAAAGCUUUAUUUACUUACGAUGCUAAAGAAGCAGGGGAUCUGUCAUUUAAAAAAGGAGAUGUUGUGUAUCUAUGGAAACAAGUAGAUGAAAAUUGGUUUCAGGGAGAGCUAAAUGGACAACAUGGCUUCUUUCCAGUUAAUUAUGUUCAGGUUAUAACAGCAUUACCAGAAAAAAUACCUCAAUGCAAAGGACUGUAUGAUUUUAUUGUGGAUGAUGAUAAAGAAGGAGAUUGUCUGCCAUUUAAAAAGGAUGAAACUAUGACUGUUAUACGAAGAGUAGAUGAUAACUGGUUAGAAGUGAAGAAAGGUGAUAAGAUUGGUAUUUUACCUAUUUCAUUUGUCGAGUUAAAUGACCCAGCCAAGGAACUCUUACGAUUAACAGAUAAAAAUGCAAUAGCAGUAGCUGGAUCUGACCCGCCUGUUACCCCAGCUCACCCAGUGAGAGCAGUGAAAGAGGGCUCUCCUAACUCUGUAGCCACAGUGAACAACAAACGUCAUUCACUCACUUCCAUUCCCCUUACAGUCACCACUCCUGCCAGUGCUUUACAGCGACGCUCUUUAGAUAGUAAUACUGACCCUGACCUUUUGGCUAGUGGAGGUCAGCCAAUUGCCAUGGCAGCACCAUUGACAGCUUCCAUGACGACAGAUUUGCCUGUUGCCAUGGCAGUGCAACCAAAAAUGCCAGCCAAUCAGGCUGUUGCAAUUCCUCCCAGAAAAAUUGAAACAGAAUCCACAUUGGUGCCUUCCUUGAACAAACAUGAGAACUCCCUAUCGUUAGAUCAGCCAGCUGUGACAUCACGUCAUACUGGUGAUUUGAUGUCAUCAAGUUUUGCCAGCAACAAUAUAGAAGAUGGUGCAACAGCUUCCAUAUAUAUAGCAUUGUACAACUAUAAACCUCAGAAGGGAGAUGAGUUGGAGCUAAUCAAGGGAGAUUACUACUCUGUAUCAGAGAAAUGCCUUGAUGGCUGGUAUAAAGGUGUAGCUGUAAAAUCUAACCUCUCAGGCGUGUUCCCAGGAAAUUAUGUACAGUCUGUAAAGACUCAUACAAGUUCAAAUAAGUCAUCGAGCAAGCCAAUGGUAACAAAACCAAAACUGCCUCCACCUGAUCCAGGUGUAUCAGCCACUCCAACUGUCAGUCCACCUAGACCGAAAACCAGCAGCUCUGAAGCACUUGGCAGGGCACGGGCAAAUGAAAGAAGGUCAGCAGUGGCUCAAAGGAUUUCUCAGAAUUUAGCACCAACCACUAGCAAAGGUCAUGCAGCACCAAACCCCAAUAGUCCAAUACUCCUUACGUCCAAAACAACACGAUAUGUCCGAGCCCCAAAAUCAUCAAGUCCAAGCAACGGUGCUAAACCUGAAAGCAGCAAAAGUUCAAGCAGUCCCGUGUGGAAACAUUCUAUGUCAGCAAGUGCUAAUAUCACACCACCUAAUGUUGUUGUCGGAGCCACAGCCAGUCAAGUUCCUGCUGUCAAAGAGAAAGAGAAGAAAAAGGAUAAGAAAAAAUUGGGUGGUUUGAUGGAUAGGAUAGCAUCAGCAAGUAAACUGAAGAAACCAAGAUCCUCUGAUGUAGAAGCUGCCUCUCUUAGUGACUCAAGUAUUUCACACAGCAGAUCAGGAUCAUACCCCUCUGAGAGUUCACCCCUUGUACCUGUGGAGCCCAAUCAUAAAAAGUCCGGAUCAUUUGACUCAUCUUCACCUAAAUCACAACAUCGGCCUGCCAGGCCAAAACCCCUUCCUAGAGAAAAAUACAGAUGUGUAGAAACCUACCCUGCACAAAGUGAAAUUGAGCUGGAUCUCAAGAUAGGCGAUGUUAUUUAUGUACACAAGAAGCGCGAUGAUGGAUGGUUUAAAGGUACACUUCAACGUUCCGGUAAAACCGGACUGUUUCCAGGUAGUUUUGUAGAGAAAGUGUCUUGAAUGACUGCUUUUUUAUUGUGAUAGUUAAUAAUUCAGCUUGCCAUUGUUGGCGUAGACCAAAUACUUGAAGUAUUAGUGUGGUUUUAUUUAGUUAAUGGCUCACUAGCACAUUGUGUUAUGCUUUGUGUAGAGAUUGUUACAAUAUUUUGAAGGUUGUGAUUGUUAAAGGGGGUAAAUAUACAUGUAUAUGCAAUACAUGUAGGUGCUGAUUGUCGAGUGGUGACCAUCCAUAUGUAACAUUGUGGUGGGAAAAUAUUGGAACUUUAUCAGUUAAAAGAGUUCAUUUUUAAUUUGAAAUAAAUUGAUAACAUUGUUGAUAAAUGAAUAUACCAGUAAGAAACAAUCUAGACACAAGCUUUUAAUUAUAUGUUUUUGGAAUAUUUUGUGGAUAAGAAGUUAGAAGUCUGAAUUUGAACUUGCAAGUUAUUAGUUUUAGUGUUAUGAUCAGACAUGAAAAAAAUUACUUCUCAUUAUUCGUACACCAAAGUAAUAAUUCAUGAAAAGAUUGUUUAUUUCUUUUAUUAAACUAUUAUUAAAACUUAAAAGUCUUUUUUUUUGCUCAGCUGUUCAGAAAAAUGUUAUAUUAUUAUUGUUAGUAAUUCUUUCUUCAUGUUUAUUGUGACCCUUAAUAGAGGCAUAUAGACUCAGUAUAAUAUAUGGUUGUUGAUUUAAAUCAACAGUCCGAGUACUUUUUGCAGUGCAAUACAAGCAGUUAUAGAUAAAUAUAGAAGCAUCCCUUUAAGAGGAAUUUAUGUGUUUCCUUUAUCUUUUCAACAAGAAAUAAAUCUUUUCAGUUUUCUAAGUAUAAAAAGACUAAGGUUUUAAACUUGCAGUUGUCUGUAUUAUUUCAUAAAGAAGCUUUGUCUUGUGUUUUGCCAGAAAUUUUAUUAUGCUGGUUAUAUGGUGCAACAAAAUUUUCAUUAAAGUUAAAACCAAAAAACCUUUGAUACUGAGAUAGAACAAAGUUUUCAUAAAAAUUUAUGUCCAAAAAUCUCUGACACUGAAAUAUAAGUAAGUUUUCAUUAAAAUUUACAACCAAAAUAAACUCUGGUAAAAAAUAUCAGCAAGUCUGUGUGUAUGGUGAAAUGUUGUUAUUAUGAGUAUAACAUGUAAAAGUUCUUAUAAUUUUGUUGAGAAAUAAGUUUUUAAUUGUCAAUAAAAUUGACAAAUAUAUAUAUACACUGUUGAUUUUUAUUUUAUAUUGAUAUGCAAAGACGAACCACAUAGAUAUGUGAUAUAUGUUGACUUGAAGUAAUAUAAUAAUUUUUUUGUUAAUAACUUGGAAUGUAUAUAGGCUUAAUUAUGUUGUAAAAACUGCUACAGAUAUAAUUUGCAAUGCAAGGAGAUGCUGAAUGAGUAAUGUUGGAAUCAUUAAUUUGUUAAUUAGCUGAUUUAUAGUACAUUGAUUAUUAGAUAUGUUAUGACACCAGAUAUAUUUUAUAAAUAAUUCUGUCCAUUAUUGUGAAAUUAUUAUUGUAUGACAUAGUGCUAUUGGUUGAAAUAUUGAUAUUAUUUUAUACUUUUACAUACAUGUUUUGUGGAAUCACUUGAAAUUCUAUAGUUACUGCUUUGACAUAAUAUGUAAUUUCAUGUAAAAGUAAAAAAUAGACCAUUAAGACAGGGUUUAGAAUUUCGUAUAACUUUAUAUAAUAUAAUAUAUUAUAAAGUCAUUAUAAAAUAGAUGUAAGAGGUUGGUGUCUUACUUUUGUUAAGCUUUUGCAUGCAGGUUGGGAUAUUCAAAACUACAGAAAGGAAUGGCUUGAAGCUUGGAACACUAAUUUAAGAGCAUAAUAGGAGGUCUAUGUCUAAGGCCCAUAACUCUAAUAUAGAUUUUGACAGAAUUUUGGUCCUUUUUUAGCUCGACUUUUCUAUGAAAAGGGGAGCUAUCCUACUCGCCCCGGCGUCGGCGUUGGCGUCACACCUUGGUUAAGUUUUUCGUACCACCCCACUUUAUUUCAGAAGUAUUACAAGUAUGGCUUUGAAACUUACCAUACUUGUUCACCAUCAUAACCUCCAUCUACAGACAAGAGUACAUAACUCUGUCAAGGUUUUUGACAGAAUUAUGGCCCUUUUUUGACUUAGAAAGUGUAUUGAGCUUGGUUAAGUUUUUUGUACCACCUCACUUUAUUUCAAAACCAUUGGAGGUAUUGCUUUGAAACUGACCAUACUUGUUUACCAUCACGACCUUCAUCAACAGACAAGAGGACAUAACUCUGUCAAGGUUUUUGACAGAAUUAUGCCCCUUUUUGACUUAGAAAAUACAUUGAAUAUGGGUAAAAUCCACUUAUUGCCUUAACCCUUUGAGAUAUUGCUUUGAAACUUUUAAUGCUAUUUCACAUCAUUACCCCCAUCUGUACGCAAGAGAAGGUAACUCUGUCAAGGAUUUGUUUUAAAAAUUAAGGCCUUUUAUCGACUUAGAAUCUUGGUUAAGUUUUUAGUACCAGUCCACUUUUUGACUGAACUGUUUGAGAUAUUAAUUUGAAAGUUGGAAUACUUGUUUACAAUCAUGAUUCCCAAACAUGUCCAGGAGAAGGUAAUUCUGUCAAAGAUUUUAUUUGAAUUAUGGCCCUUAACUGUCAAUGUUUUGUAUUAUAGGCAAGCACUAAAAAACUUAAAAAAUCUAAAAAAAUUCAUUCCUAUCCACUUGUUCACUUUACC